CAUUGAGAAAUGCAGCCUUCAAGCCCUUCCGGUGUGUAGUCACGACGACGAGCUGCGACAGCCUUAUCCUGCCGGCCAUGACAUUUACCUCUUCUCACUUCCCAACAACAAAAAAGGAAUUCGUCGAAGAGAAGUCUGCAAAUGAGCCACUUGCAGACAUCUUGUCAUUGACCCCCGGCGCCACCACGCCUGGGAGCCGAAAUCCCUCUAGCUACGCCCCGAGGCAAUCACAACUGGAACCAGACGCAAGGCAAACACAAAAUGCGCAUGUUUCCGAUCCCAAAGACUGUCAUAUCUGCCGCCAUCCGCACAACCAGCUCUACUUCCCGGGAAACGGGACGCCCGGCUGCACAGCCGGGAAAGGCAUGACCGCGUGGGAUCAUAUGCUUGCCGACUUGAGUGUCAGCAUCCCGGCUGCUGGGGCGAUCGCGCCGGAGGAGGGAUGUGGCGUUACAGCGAAGGAUCUCCAAGCCCCGAUGAAAAUGGUGGAUCAAAUGACGCUUAUAGAUAGGGCGACAGCGUAUAUUUCGCUUCUGGAGGACAGAAGUUGGUCCCUCCUUGACGAGCGUAGGGCACUGAAGUCGAAAAUAGCUGCUUUUGAGGGAUUCUUUGCAGAUCAAUGACCAUCGGUUAGGUAUUGGUUGGGGCACAGUUCUGCGACUGCGGAGAGCAUGGACGCCUGAGCGUUACCAGAACGUCAUGAGGCUGGACGGGGAACACUGAGGGGAGGCAAACUUCAUGACGCAAUGGGAAAGCGCCCCGAGUGGAAUAGGGAUUCAUUGACCCAUUACAAUACAUGUGCAAUUCUCCAAAA